AGGUGGAGGCUGCGGGCGGCUUCGUUCCCAGGGGUAUCCGGCUCCGUCGGCCCGGGCCCUCUCGUCUCUGUUUCCUACGGCCCGGUGGGGAGCCCACGCCCCUCGGCCGGUCAUCCUAGUGCCUCGGGCAGGGACAGCCCGUCGACCCCACCCCGGGCCUCCGAUGGCCCCGACCCUCUUUCUCCCCGGCCCUGCUUCUCUGUAAGGACUGCGCUCCUCCCCCUGCGGCUCCACAUUGGCGGGCAGACGAUGGGGCAGGAUCAGACCAAGCAGCAGAUCGAGAAAGGGCUUCAGUUGUACCAGUCGAACCAGACGGAGAAGGCGUUGCAGGUUUGGACGAAGGUGUUGGAGAAGAGCACGGACCCCUUGGGCAGAUUCCGGGUGCUGGGCUGCCUGGUCACGGCCCACUCGGAGAUGGGGCGCUACAAAGAGAUGCUGAAGUUCGCAGUGGUCCAGAUCGACACGGCCCGGGAGCUGGAGGACCCCGACUACCUCACGGAGAGUUACCUGAACCUGGCGCGCAGCAACGAGAAGCUCUGCGAGUUCCAGAAGACCAUCUCCUACUGCAAGACCUGCCUCAACAUGCAGGGCCCGCGGGCGAGCCUGCCGCUCAACGGGCAGGUCAGUCUCAGCAUGGGCAAUGCCUACCUGGGCCUCAGCCUCUUUCAGAAGGCCCUGGAGUGCUUCGAGAAGGCCCUGCGCUACGCCCACAACAACGACGACAAGAUGCUGGAGUGCCGGGUCUGCUGCAGCCUGGGCAACUUCUACUCUCAGGUCAAGGACUACGAGAAGGCCCUGUUCUUCCCCUGCAAAGCCGCCGAGCUGGUGAACGACUACGGCGCGGGGUGGAGCCUCAAGUAUCGGGCCAUGAGCCAGUACCACAUGGCGGUGGCCUAUCGCAAGUUGGGGCACCUGGGCGAUGCCAUGGAGUGCUGUGAGGAGUCCAUGAAGAUCGCCCUCCAGCACGGGGACCGGCCCCUCCAAGCUCUCUGUCUGCUCUGCUUCGCCGACAUCCACCGCAGCCGUCGGGAUCUGGAGACGGCCUUCCCCCGCUACGACUCCUCCAUGAGCAUCAUGACUGAGAUCGGGAAUCGCCUGGGGCAGGUGCAGGUGCUGCUAGGGAUGGCCAAGUGCUGGGUGACCCAGAAAGACCCGGAGAAGGCUCUGGAUGCCAUCGAGAAGGCCCAGGAUCUAGCCGAAGGGCUGGGGAACAAGCUGAGCCAGCUGAAGCUGCACUGCCUGAGCGAGGGCAUCUACCGCAGCAAAGGGCAGCAGCGGGAGCUGCGGGCUCACGUGGUCCGUUUCCACGAGUGCGUGGAAGAGACGGAGCUGUACUGCGGGCUGUGCGGGGAAUCCAUCGGGGAGAGGAACAGCCGGCUGCAGGCUCUGCCCUGCUCACAUUUCUUCCACCUCAAGUGCCUCCAGAACAAAGGACCCCGCGGCUGCCCCAACUGUCGGCGCUCCUCUGUGAAGCCAGGCUUCGUGGGUUGGAUGCGUUUUAGAAGCGGCCAAGGGGAGCCAAACCGUCUCGACCUUCCGCCGGCCUCUCCUGGUUUCCACCUCUCUACAACCUCCUACUCCUAACCGUCCUCUCUCCCGCCCACGCACACGUUUGUCACGUACCUCGCCAGGUGUCCCCGCUACCAAGCCUCUUCUCCCGCUUAACCCAGUGUUCCUCCGCCUUCCCCCACAGUGACCUGAACUUUCCCCGGUGCCCCCCAACCCUGUCCACCCUGGCGUCUCGAGGUGCCUUGACUCAACUCCUCGGGGCUUGGAGGGACCCUCCAGCUGGCUUCCUUGGGGCCAGGCUGACCAAACUGGACAUGGACUUGAGAUGGCCGUCUUCCCCGAAACGGGGGCCCCCCUCUGCCCAGACCUCCGACCCAGACCCAAGAAGAAUGAUAAUAAUGACCGUGGCAUUUGUGAGGGGCUUACUAUGUGCCAAGCACUGGGAUAAUCCACUGGCCGGGGUAGAUACGAGAUCAUCGGGUCGGAUACAGUCCCUGUUCCACAGUGUUGUGGCUCAGACAAACUCGGAGAACCAGCCCCACUGAAGGAAUGUGAGCCCGUUGAGGACGGGGAUUAUCUCUGUUGCUGAAUUGUAAUAAUAAAAAUAAUAAUGAUGAU